UCACUUUACUUCUUCACUGCAGGUAUGACAUUCGUAGCGUAGACUGUUAACAUUCCAAUACAUUAAAUAUAAUAUUAUUACUCUAGUUCGUAUUGUGCGACCCGACUGGUUUAAUUCUUUUUGCCACAAAGCCUACACACCAGAUCACCCACGACAUCGAGUUUCAGUAGUAAAGAACCAUCUAAAAUCAAAAUUGAAAUGGAUGGUUAUAACCUUGAGACCGUGAUCAAAAUAGAAAAUGAGGUUAAGAAAGAGCUAUUUACCGAAGCUUUAGUGAAAAACCCUAAUCCGAAUCCCAUUGAAAAAUUAUUUAAUAGUUGUUCGACAGCCUACAAGUAUUGCCAAACAACCACCAAUGGAGUUGAAAAUAAUACCAUUGAAACGUGCAAAAAAAUGAUUGCCCAAGUCGAUGUAGAUAUAGUGAACGGAUAUGUUUUUGAGUCCGUGGUAGAAAUCGAGGAAAAUAGACUUUUGGAUGUGCAAACGACAAACGACAAUUUGGACGAAGUACGUAAAUUUGUCUGCGAUGUAUGUAAGAAGUCGUUUAAUACUAAAACAAGAAUCACACGACACAUAACGCAUUCACAAAGUUCACACUCGAAAACAAACUUCAAAAAUACUUAUACUGUCAAUGGUACGAGUUUUGAACGCGUGCCCACUGCUGAGAAGCCCUACAAAUGUGAUGUGUGCCAAAAUGCUUUUUCAAAUUUAUCGGCACUUCGAAGACACCAACGCGUGCACACUGGUGAGAAGCCCUACAAAUGUGAUGUUUGUCUGAAUGCUUUUUCAUAUUUAUCGGCACUUCGAAUGCACCAACGCGUACACACCGGUGAUAAGCCCUAUAAAUGUGACGUGUGUUUAGAGGCAUUUUCUCAAAAAGGCAACCUCUCAAUACACAAACGCAUUCACACUGGUGAGAAGCCCUACAAAUGUGAUGUUUGUCUGAAUGCUUUUUCAAAUUUAUCGGCACUUCGAACACACCAACGCGUGCACACUGGUGAGAAGCCCUACAAAUGUGAUGUUUGUCUGAAUGCUUUUUCAAAUUUAUCGGCACUUCGAAAACACCAACGCGUGCACACUGGUGAGAAGCCCUACAAAUGUGAUGUUUGUCUGAAUGCUUUUUCAAAUUUAUCGGCACUUCGAACACACCAACGCGUGCACACUGGUGAGAAGCCCUAUAAAUGUGACGUGUGUUCAAAGGCAUUUUCUCGAAAAGGCAACCUCUCAACACACAAACGCAUUCACACUGGUGAGAAGCCCUACACAUGUGAUGUGUGCCAAAAUGCUUUUUCUAAUUUAUCGGCACUUCGAACACACCAACGCGUGCACACUGGUGAGAAGCCCUACAAAUGUGAUGUUUGUCUGAAUGCUUUUUCAAAUUUAUCGGCACUUCGAAAACACCAACGCGUGCACACUGGUGAGAAGCCCUACAAAUGUGACGUGUGUUUAGAGGCAUUUUCUCAAAAAGGCAACCUCUCAAUACACAAACGCAUUCACACUGGUGAGAAGCCCUACAAAUGUGAUGUUUGUCUGAAUGCUUUUUCAAAUUUAUCGGCACUUCGAACACACCAACGCGUGCACACUGGUGAGAAGCCCUACAAAUGUGAUGUUUGUCUGAAUGCUUUUUCAAAUUUAUCGGCACUUCGAAAACACCAACGCGUGCACACUGGUGAGAAGCCCUACAAAUGUGAUGUUUGUCUGAAUGCUUUUUCAAAUUUAUCGGCACUUCGAACACACCAACGCGUGCACACUGGUGAGAAGCCCUACAAAUGUGAUGUUUGUCUGAAUGCUUUUUCAGAUUUAUCGGCACUUCGAACACACCAACGCGUGCACACUGGUGAGAAGCCCUACAAAUGUGAUGUUUGUCUGAAUGCUUUUUCAAAUUUAUCGGCACUUCGAACACACCAACGCGUACACACCGGUGAUAAGCCCUAUAAAUGUGACGUGUGUUCAGAGGCAUUUUCUCAAAAAGGCAACCUCUCAAUACACAAACGCAUUCACACUGGUGAAAAACCUUAUAAAUGUGAUGUGUGUCUAAAGGCUUUUCGUGUUUCGUGGUCACUUAAAACACACAAACUCGUACAUACCGGUGAGAAGCCCUACAAAUGUGAUGUGUGCACAAAGGCAUUUUCUCAAACAUCUCCCCUCACGCUACACAAACGCGUCCACACUGGUGAAAAGCCCUACAAAUGUGACGUGUGCUCAAAGGCAUUUUCUGAUGGAUCAGUUUUUAUAACACAUACACGCGUGCACACUGGUGAAAAGCAAUUUAAAUGUAACGUGUGCUCAUAGUCAUAUUCUUAUAGCUCAAAUCUCAGUUUACAUAAACGCGUGCACACUAGAGAAAAACACUAGAAUUGUAGCGUUUGUUUGCAUCCAUUUUCUCAAAAAUUCUAUCUCACAAUACAUGAACGAUUGAACGCAAGCAUGUUACAUGUGAUCAAUUUCACAAUAUUAUUUUGUAUUUACUAUAUUUUUAUUUAUUCAAAACUUUAUAUUCGGAUCUCACAAACUCGUUCAAGCUCGUUAAUAUCCCUAUAGGUAUUUGAUAUAACGCGCACACGCUUAAAAUAUUUUUCUAAAAAAUCUAACCUUGUGCAACACAGUUGGGUGCACUCUGUUGAAAUGCCCAGUCAACAGCUCAUAAUAAUUGUUUAUUAAUUUGACAUACUUUAUAUUCUUUUCAUAAUUUUUUAAUUUACUACUAAAUUAUUUUAAUCAGAUGUCUAUGCGAUAAAGAUAAUUGCAAGACUAAUUGUAAGAUGACCCUACUUUACUCUGCAGACAUUUUUUUUAAGACGUUUGUUUGACAUGUAUUAUUUAUAGUAAAAAUUCAGUUUAUCAAUAUUUUUAAAAUAAAUAUUUUUGUUUUUUAAUCGUUUUAUAUACGGCUUGUCACAUUUAUUUAGUAGUUACAAUAGUCUAUUUAAUUGAACAAAUGUGUUAUUAAACUAAAAGUUGAUGUCAUUUGAAUAACAACUUAAGAUUAAAUAGUGUUAAUUGACCUAACAAAUAGCUUUAAAUGUGAUUUUUGCAUAGUAAAUUCGUCAUUGUUUGUACACUGACUUCCUUUAAAUUGUACUAUAAUAAGAAAAGUUGUAGCUUAUGAAGAAAAACACAUUAUUGUUAAGACCUUUAUAUUUUAAAUUACUAUAACUUACAGAUAAUUAUUAUUCAAGUUUAAUAAUAUGUAUUGUAAUUAUAAGACAAUUCAAAUUGUACAUAAAUUGAUUUCCUUGCCCAUGCUUUUUUAAUAAAAACAUUUAGGUAAGAUAAGCCGUUAGAGUAAAUGUUAAGAAGAAAUCUAUGAACAUUGUAAAGUGAUAUGACAUUUUCGUCUACCAUCUUAAUACUAUCUUAGCAUUUUUAGAUUCAAACAACUUGUCACUUUUUAUACUUUGUGAUUAAAAUAUGUCAAUGAUUCAAUAGUUAAUCAUCU